AUCCUAGAGUCAUUCUUACACGGGGUGGAUAGAACGCAGACGGCACAAGAUGAGUUUCUCGAGCGAUGAAGUAAACUUCCUCGUUUACCGCUACUUGCAGGAGUCUGGUUUUUCCCAUUCCGCGUACACAUUCGGCAUCGAGUCGCACAUCUCACAGAGCAACAUCAAUGGAGCGCUGGUACCGCCAGCCGCCCUGCUCAGCAUACUGCAGAAAGGGUUACAAUACACGGAGGCCGAAAUUAGCAUAGGGGAGGACGGUACCGAGCAGCGGUUGGGUGAGAGUUUGAGCCUGAUCGAUGCCGUAAUGCCAGAAGUGGUCGCAAACAGGCAGAACAUGCAGAAUCAGCAAAAGCAAGCAACAAAAACGGAGCCACCGGAAACGAACGGAACGACGGAAGAGCCGGCUGCACCACCACCGACCACGACGACCACCGCUUCCACCACGCCGGCCCCGGUCGAAACGAUGGAAGUGGACCAGAGCAUUGAAAUUCCUGCCUCGAAGGCAACUGUGCUUCGAGGACACGAGAGUGAGGUGUUCAUUUGCGCCUGGAACCCGAGCACGGAUCUAUUGGCCAGUGGGUCGGGCGAUAGCACGGCGCGCAUUUGGGACAUGUCGGAUAAUCCGGCCAAUCCGAAUCAACUCGUGCUACGUCACUGUAUCCAGAAGGGUGGUACCGAGGUACCGAGCAAUAAGGACGUUACGUCACUAGACUGGAACUGUGACGGUACCCUGCUGGCGACCGGGUCGUACGAUGGAUAUGCUCGUAUCUGGCGUACGGAUGGUUUGCUGGCCAGCACGCUGGGUCAACACAAAGGACCGAUUUUUGCCUUGAAGUGGAACAAACGGGGCAAUUACAUCCUUUCUGCCGGUGUGGACAAAACGACCAUUAUCUGGGAUGCGGCCACCGGGCAAUGUACACAGCAGUUUAGCUUUCAUUCGGCACCAGCACUGGAUGUGGAUUGGCAGUCCAACCAAUCGUUUGCCAGCUGCAGCACGGAUCAGUGCAUUCACGUGUGCAAGCUCGGGGUGGACAAACCCAUCAAAUCCUUUCAAGGACAUACGAAUGAGGUGAAUGCUAUCAAAUGGGAUCCCCAGGGACAGCUGUUGGCUUCCUGUUCGGAUGAUAUGACGCUCAAAAUUUGGUCCAUGAAGCAGGACACUUGUGUGCAUGAUCUUCAGGCUCAUUCGAAAGAGAUCUACACCAUUAAGUGGUCCCCAACCGGUACCGGAACACAGAAUCCGAACAUGAACCUCAUCCUAGCCAGUGCUUCGUUCGAUUCCACUGUCCGCCUGUGGGACGUCGAACGAGGCGUCUGCAUUCACACGCUUACCAAGCACACGGAACCGGUUUAUUCGGUAGCAUUUAGCCCGGACGGUAAAUUCCUCGCUUCCGGCAGCUUCGACAAGUGCGUCCACAUCUGGAGCACCCAGAGCGGCCAGCUGGUGCACAGCUACAAAGGCACGGGCGGUAUAUUUGAGGUGUGCUGGAACUCGCGCGGCAGCAAAGUCGGCGCCAGUGCCAGUGACGGCAGUGUGUUCGUGCUGGAUCUUCGGAAGUUAUGAGCGCCGGCAUCGGGAUCGUCCACUGGAACCGGGCCGGGAACGGCACCCGGGCCACCACCCCCGCUGCUAACGGCGGCCGAGAAAAAAUCCUAACAAUCAUUGACAGGCGCCCGGCGAACAAACAAUCCCAAG